AUGCAAUUCCUUGCCUUUACUCAGAUCUUUCUUCUCUUCUCUUGCCUUGGUGCAUUGGUACCAGGAGCCUUAUGCCUACCAGCAAGCCAGCCGUCUGAUAUCCAACUCGAAACCGCCGCCAGCCCAAACGCUGCUCUCGAAGCCCGAUCUAUUCUGGAGAAGAGGGAUAGUUGGGAUUGUAAGGGAUCAGUUAGAUGCAGCACCAUGCCUCAAAGCGCCUGCUUGGCGGCGCUCAGUUACUUCGACAAUGAUAACGUUCUUUGGCAAGAGAAAAGAGCUUGGUAUACCUACGACGGCUUUGGAUACAGCUGCCUUGCUAGAUACUCGUGUGGAAACGUUCAGGAUUAUGUUUCGGCUGCGCAAGCCGGAGUUUCACGAGGAAGGAAUCUUGUGGCAAAGGCCCGUACAAUCUACAAGCAAGACGGUGGUCGCUGCACCAGGUGCGGUCAAGUCUACUUUUGGGGAACGUGCAAGUUCUCCUUCGACUAUUGUGCCACCAAUUGUGCAGGUAACUAA